AUGAUUGGGUUGGAAACAUGGUUUUACAACUUUUCACAAUUCUUCUACAAAGCUAGCACUCCUGAAGCUUUGGCUGAUAUUCCUCGGCCGUAUUUGGAGUACUCUAUAUGGGGACUAUUUAAAGGAGCAGAAAUUAGUAGUGUUGCUGGUAAUGAAGCUGUCGUGCGAGAAAAGUGCUAUCAAAUUCGCUGUGAUACCGAGCCCCUUUCAAUGGACCGAUUCGUUGCAGCGUUUGGAUUUAUCGGCUGGUAUUGGAAAAGGUUCCAAGGCGCAGUUGAUGGCAUCAAUAUAGCCAUUAUUUAUUCCCUUAUCAACGCAAAGAUCAUUGCACCGCGAACGUCGCCAAUAUUCAGAGAUCGUGUUCAACCGCACGAGAGGUACGAAACUGCGGAAGAUGCUUUGUACACUGGAUCACGGCUUAAGAAAUUCCUAGCUGAACAAGAAAAACAGAAAGCUAUGGAGAGCAAA